AUUUUCCAAAAAAAGCACAAAGAAAAGAAAAGAAGAAGAAAGGAAAGGAAAGAAAAGAAGAAGAAGAAGAAGAAGAAGAAGAAACAGCUCCCUCCCACUCUUCUCUCCUUUCUCUUGUUACUGUUGUCUAUUGUCAAGUCCAGCAAAUAGAAAGGCAGAAGCUCUCAAAACCCUACGCCCACACAAUACUCAACACCCCCAAAGAUUAACUGAAACAACCACCACACCUCUUUACUUGCAGUCUCUCUAAAGCUAUGCGACUUCCCAAUUUCCCAAGGCCGAUUAUUUUGUCAUGCAAGGCAUUACAGAUAUCCUGAAAGAUGGUCCGUACACAACCCUAAUCCAACCAUAGAGACCAAGACAGUUCAGAAUGAUUGAUGGUUGCGACGGUGAUGCAGCAGCAGCAGACUUCUGCAGUGGCGUCGCAGCCAACCAAUCCCCAGUCUUCUCUUAGAUCACCACCACCACCACCACCAGCCACAGCGACCCCCACGCAGUCCCCACACGCGCUCGCACCGCACCGCGACCAGCAGCUGGAUCAUGCUUUGGUACCGAUCGGGGACGCGCACCGGUCGGGGGAGCCCGCGGCCCUGAUGGCGUGCCCUCUGGCGAGGGUCCGGCUGUCGGAUAUCGCCCCGUACGAGGGGGCCCCUGGCGGGACCUACGGGAGGGCAGUGGAGGCGCUGGCUGGGUCGCUGAUGAGGCACAAUGCGGCACUGAUCGAAUUGGGCAGCGGAGACGCGGCGCUCAUGCGUUGCGGCUUGGAAGCGGCCCGCUUGUACUUUAGGAGUAGGGCUCAGCAGAGUGUUGUUGGAAAGGGAAGCCGUGGAGUUUACACGUACAGAGCUGGAAGGCCUUUAGAAGAUUGGGACUCAUCUCCCCCUUGCAUGGCUGAUAUUUUUAGGUGCAUGGGAAAGGCAGCUCGUGCUGCUCUAUCUGCAAUAGCAAGGCAUCUUCGACUGCGAAGCGAUGUUUUCAAUAAUUUGCUUGAUGAUACCCCAUUGCCUGCGAAUGAGGUGUCCUCAUCGAUGCUUGUUGUGACCUACUUGAAUGCUUCUUUGCAAAAUGGGAAGGGUGCAUUUGGAGGUGGGAAGCCAGCAACAAAUGGUGAAGUUGAGAAGGGAUUGGUUACAUUGAUUUCCUCAGACAGUCCUGGUCUUCAGGUUUGUGAUCCCAAUGGUCGGUGGUACCUAGCAGAUGGUGGGUCAACUCCUGGGGAUCUUUUACUUCUUACAGGCAAGGCACUUAGUCAUGCUACUGCAGGCCUUCGUCCUGCUGCAUCAUAUAGAGCUGCUCCUGAUUAUUUGUCAGGCACUAAUGGUAGUGGGAGGACAUCACUUGCGUUUAGGCUCAUGCCGCAGGGUAACGCUAUAUUAGAUUGUUCUCCAAUUGCAGCAGCUGGUCAUAUUAUUCCCCAGAGCUAUGUACCGAUAUCUGUAAGCCAGUUUAUGGAUGAGCUUUCGGCAGAGGAAGAUGUAUUCUGCAGUCGUUCUGAUAAUACUUAUGUAGCUCGAAACAAUUUGAAUAAGGAUCUGUCGUUAAGAAGUGUUCUCUCAGAUCCCAUAUCGGGUUCAUUUCUUGAGGAUGCCAUGGUUGUUUCAUGUGGACAUUCAUUUGGUGGUCUGAUGCUGAGAAGAGUCCUGGAAAGAUCAAGAUGUACCCUUUGCAAUGCAGAAAUUGAGACCGGAUCUUUAAUCCCUAAUCUUGCUCUUAGAGCCGCAGCUGUUGCAGUAAAGCAUGAGGAUGAUCGGAGGUUAUUUCAUAAUGCUGCUCUCCGGAAGCGUCGGAAAGAAAUGGUUGAUCAAACGGAUUCAAUGAGAAGAUCAAUCAGGGAAAAUGGAGAUGUUAAUGCUGAUGAUGCGCUCCAUCGGGGGGUGCAGUAUCCAUUUUCAGAAAACGAGAAAGUGGUAAUUAAGGGAAACAGGAGGACGCCAGAAAAAUUUGUUGGGAAGGAAGCGAUCAUCACGUCCCAGUGUCUCAAUGGCUGGUACUUGCUUAAGAUUAUUGGAACUGGAGAGAAUGUCCGCCUGCAGUACCGUUCCCUUAGGAAGAUAUCGAAUACAAUAGCCAUUGAAGGCAGAUGUCCAUCGCAGCCGAUGCAGAAUAGUAGCUGAUAAAAUAUUAAUUUCUUUUAGUGCGAUACUUAAACCUUAAACCCUCAUAGUGCAUAAUUAAGAAUCUCUCACCCCGUUUGGCUCCUCCUCCUAUUAAUUAGGGAAGAUAUAAUACAAGUUUUAGUGAUUGUAAUCGAAUGUAGUCUAUGUAGCCAGAGAAGGUAGUCUGCUUGAAUGCUAGAGUUCCUGACACCUUUUAAAAGAUCUUUUGUACAUUGGAAAAAGGAGAAAAGAUGAUUUAGGUAGUGUUUCAAUUUCUUCAGAAACGCUGAAAAUGAUAUGAAAAUUAAUUUUGCCAAA